UCCAUUGGUCUGGGUCCUCUGGGGGGAUCAAGAGGGAUUGUGGAUGUUCAGAGGCAUCACUGUGCAAUGGAUUAUAGGGAGGAUCUAGUGAGGACAAAGCUUGGAAGAUGACUUUUUGAGAGUGCAAUAACUGUAGUCUAGCAAUGUUACUUUCCAUUGUAAAGGGUUGACAUUAGGAGGAGUUGCAAAACUGCCUUUCCCUUUGGAUUAAUGGGAGAUCAGCCUUUCACCUCCUGCCUGGCAAGGAAGAAAGAAAGACCUCUCCACCUGAAGACUAUUGAAUAUUAAAGACUAUUGAAUAAAAGGAGGGGGGGGGAAGCAGGAGCACUUAAGAGGCUUGUGCUGGCUAUUUGGGGAAGGUUUCUGAAUGGCCCUGAAACUGGUUGCCCACUCCAAGAUAAAGUCUGGAGAAUGCAUCAAAGUGAAAGGCAAAGUGUCGCCAGAGGCCACAAGCUUUUCCCUCAACCUGGGCUGGGAUGAGACAAACCUGAUCCUUCACUUCAACCCUCGAUUUGAUUUUCAUGGGGACAUCAGGACCAUUGUUUGCAACUCUAAGAGCGCAGGAGAGUGGGGUGAUGAACUGCGAGCAUCAGAAUUCCCCUUCCAUCAGGGAGAAGAGACCAAAAUCUGUGUCUCCUUUGAUGCUGAAGAAGUGACUGUGAAGCUGCCUGAAGGGCAGGAACUUAAGUUCCCAAACAGGUUGAGACUGGAAACUGCAGAGUACUUCUCUGUUGCUGGCGAUCUUGAUAUUAAAUCUGUUAAGUUUGACUGACCUUCCUUGGACCUAUCUUUUGCCUUGCAUCCUGAAGGAUACUUGGCAUGAGUCAAAUGAGAAUAUGAUUCGGUUCUUUCAGUUUUUCUUGAUUACAAAUUGUUCAAACUCUA